GCAAGACAGAGUUCAGUGUUUGUUGAUGCAGUGUGAAAGGAAGAAGUUGGUUAUUUCUUUUGUGUGAUGCGAUAUGGAAGCAUGUGAGAUGGUUGCUGUCACCGUUAUCAGUGGUUGAUAUAAAGUCAGUGGUGUGUUUUUUAUUAUUCUCUUUUCUAUAAACUAUGCGUUUCCCGGCCUAAAGAUGAAAUUAGUGUUGAAGUCUAUCAAAGAUGAGUGUCGAUUAGUGUGAACGAAGGUUUAUAAGUCGAGAUUUUUCUCAACUGUUCUUGACGAACAUUUCCAGCAGCAUGCGAUGUCUGCCGAGGUUUCGUGAGACCAUGUUCUCUUAACUGGGAUCUAGUUCACCGGGAAAGUUGUGUGUCAGGGUAAUAGGAGCAAGAUGCAACAUCAUCACCACCACCACCACCAUCACAACCAUUCGACCAGUAGUAGACCGCAGCAGCACCACCUCAACGCCAACACUAAACCGGACCUACAAGGUUUUGGCGUUUGCGGGUUGGUGUAUGGCUCGCUGAUCUUCGUGGUGGCGUUGGCGGUGUACUGGAAUGCCCUCAGUUGCAGUUUUGUGUUCGAUGACAUCUCUGCAAUCAAGGAAAAUCGGGAUCUCCGACCCCACACCCCGGUCACCAACCUCUUCUUCCACGACUUCUGGGGAACGCCCAUGCAGAAGGAACAAAGCCACAAGUCGUACAGGCCCUUGUGCGUCCUUACCUUUCGUCUCAACUACCUGGUACAUGGCCUAGAACCUCUGGGCUACCACCUUGUCAAUAUGCUCCUUCAUGGCGUUGUCUGCGUGCUUUAUUACAGAAUGUGCAGUAUGUUCUUGCCGGAGUUAUCAAGCUUUGUUGCGUCGUUGCUAUUUGCUGUCCAUCCUAUUCAUACAGAAGCGGUGACUGGCGUGGUAGGUCGAGCGGAGACCCUAUCAUCCCUUUUCUUCCUUGGGGCUCUUGUGUCCUACUCAGGAGCCACAGCCAAGCAAGUUCGUGGUCCUCGAGGUGUCAGAGUGGCCACUGACUGGCGUCUAUUAGUGCUUUCUAUGAUUUUGGCAACUACUGCCAUGCUUUGCAAGGAGCAGGGCAUCACUGUGAUUGCCAUCUGUGCCGUAUACGAACUUUUUGUUGUGCAAAAGGUGCGCGGUUGGGAGCUUGUUCAGUUCGGUGAAGGUGUAGUCUCUGGCAAAGGCUGUGUCCCUCCUUGGCUAGCGGACAUGGCGCCCAGAAUAUUUGUGCUUGUAGCAACUACCUUAGGCCUUAUGCUGGCACGGGUGCAUGUCAUGGGUGCCCAGCUCCCUGUCUUUACAAGAUUUGACAAUCCAGCCAGCGUGGCCACCUCUCCAACGCGACAGCUGACUUACAAUUACCUGUUGAGCGUCAAUGCGGGACUCCUCCUCAUGCCAUCUGCUCUCUGCUGUGAUUGGACGAUGGGCACCAUCCCGCUGGUAGAAAGCUUCACUGAUCUCAGAAACCUUGGCACUUUGGCCUUGUUUGCUGCAUUAGGCAAACUAAGCUACCAUGGUCUCUUCGUAGCUCCUAGGCCCCACGCUCAAGUCAUUAUAAUGAGUCUGGCAUUCUUAGUGCUGCCCUUCAUCCCAGCCACCAACCUCUUCUUCCCGGUGGGGUUCGUGGUCGCAGAGCGAGUCCUCUACAUGCCCUCCAUGGGAUUCUGCAUGAUUGUCGCCCACGGAUUCUCCAAUCUUCUCGACAGAUUGCAUUCUCGCAAGUACUUGUGGUUAGCCUUGCUAGGAAUACUCGCCAUACAUGCUAUGAAGACUCACGUAAGAAAUGCAGACUGGAGAGAUGAAUACACAAUCUUCACGGCUGGACUCAAGGUGAACCAACGUAAUGCGAAGUUGUUCAACAAUGUGGGUCAUGCCCUGGAGUCCCAAGGGCGUUUCGGUGAGGCCUUGAAGUACUUCCAAGCAGCCGUCAGUGUCCAAGAAGAUGACAUCGGGGCCCACAUCAAUGUUGGCAGGACCUACAACAACCUCAAGCUUUUUUCACACGCCGAACAGGCCUACCUCAAGGCCAAGUCCUUGUUGCCAAAGGCCAAACCAGGGGAGAGUUAUCAAGCGAGAAUUGCUCCUAACCAUCUGAACGUGUUCCUCAACCUGGCUAAUCUCAUCGCUAGGAAUGAGACUCGCCUGGAGGAAGCUGAUGCCCUUUACCGACAGGCUAUCAGUAUGAGGGCAGACUACACCCAGGCAUACAUCAAUCGAGGUGACAUACUCAUCAAAAUGAACAGAACGAAAGAAGCACAAGAGGUAUAUGAAAGAGCCCUCUUCUACGACAGCACUAAUCCUGACAUUUACUACAACCUUGGGGUAGUUCUGCUUGAGCAGGGACGCGCCCAACAGGCUCUUGCUUACUUAGACAAGGCGCUGGAGAUGGAUCCAGAUCACCAACAGGCGCUCCUUAACUCAGCUGUACUUAUACAGGAGAGUGGUAAUGCUGAGCUACGACCGUUAGCAUACCCAGCGAUUGCUACGUCUUGUCUUGUGCAGAGAGAUCCACAGAACGAACGGGUCUAUUUUAACCUGGGGAUGAUUGCCAUGGACGACAGGGAUUAUCGGAAUGCAGAAAAGUGGUUCCGAAAGGCAAUAGAACUAAAGGAAGACUUCCGUUCCGCCCUCUUCAAUCUUGCCUUACUAUUAACUGACGAUUCCCGGCCAUUGGAAGCUGCUCCCUUUCUGAAUCAGCUGGUGAAGCACCACCCUGAUCACGUGAAGGGCCUCAUUCUCUUGGGUGAUAUCUACAUCAACAACAUUAAAGAUCUCGAUGCUGCAGAAAAGUGCUACGAGCGUAUCUUAGCUGUAGACCCUAGCAACGUUCAGGGCCUCCAUAACUUAUGUGUAGUGUAUGUAGAAAGAGGAGAACUGAUUGCUGCAGAGUCGUGCCUAAGUCGAGCUCACAUCAUGGCCCCCCAUGAAGAUUACAUAUUGAGACACCUGAAAAUAGUGAGGACUAGAUUAGCCAAGUUCUCUCAGAUGCAACACCAUCAGUCACAAGGAACUGGAGGUGGAGAAAGUGAAACUGGAGCUGAUCGGACAGCAGAAAUCAGUGAAUUUACAGAGGGCACCAACAUUCCAAGUGCAGCAAAGCCCAAAAAGACUGAUUUUAUAACUAAAAAUAGUGAUAGUGUUGCUAAUAAGGAUAGUAAAAAUAAUGAUGAUAACAUUAAUAAUAGUGAUAAUAGUAAUAAUAACAAUAAUCAUAAUAGUAAUGAUGGUGGUGUUCAUGAUGAUCAUGUUACUGAUCAUUAUAGUAAAAAUAUAGAAAAAUCGCCAACGACAGUCAAGAGAGCAGGAAAGAGUGAAGAAAUCGAUUCUAUUUUGUAAAGUUUUUUCCAGUCAUUUCAAGCAUGCCAAAGUUUCCACAGUCAUUAGAAGGUGAGCCAUAAAUUUAAUUGUAAGGAAUAUGUUAAUCAACAUCCAUAGAUUAAUAUUUGUGGAAGGAAACCCCUAGGACACAACCAAGGUUUAAAUUUGAUCUAUUUUACAUCUGAAUGUUUGGUAAAAAUCCAUAAUAAAUAAUUUGAUAGUAAAACUUUUAAAAGGAGGAAUUAAAUAUUGACUUCUUAA